AUGAAUGAUGCUGCUUCUAAUACAUUGUCUUUAGACCAAAUACGAAACGUAAUUGGAUUUCCUUCCCUUGAAGAUCUUUCCAGUUCACCUUCUGAUAUAGAUAAUGAUAUACAGAUAUUACUUGAUUGGAUUCUGCCGAUUAUUCCUGAGAAAAGUUUAGAACUUUGUUUUCAGUCAGGUUCCAUGCCGCAAUCCGUCUCCACUGCAACCAACCUUUUGAGUCCUGUUGGCCAAAUGUUGAAGAAAGAAGAAGCUAUCGAUCCCAAAUUUUUGUUGCCAAAGUAUGCUGAUCCUUCUUAUAGAGUCAAGUUGGCCAUCAAGAGUUGUUUCAAGAAUGAAUCCGACCAAUCCAAAUUUAUUGAUCUUUAUGUCAACUCUGUGAAUACAAAAUUGAAGGCGUUGCCACAAUCGGUUGUUGCUAAUUGCUCAUUUAUGGAGUAUAUCAACAUGAUCAAGCUUAUGAAGCAUCAUUACGAAACACACAUUGAUCAUUUCAAUCUUUCCAGUCGUAUAAAUAUGGCAUUCGCCACAAAAUACAAUUCGAUUCUAACGUCAUUCUUAUUUGAUAAUACCAAUUUCCGUAAUGAAUUGCACAAUUUUUUUGAAAAAUCAUUAUUCAACAACGAUGCCUUUUCAGCUCCCCUUUCAUCGUCAAUAACAUUGAAUGUGAUUGAUAUCAUAUCAACUUUAGUGUCUGUCAAUUUGUCGGAAUGUCUAAAUGAAAUUCUCGUGGUUUUAUCAAUCGAGAAAAUUAAGGCGUAUACCAAUCAAUUGUGCAAAGGGGUGUGGGACAAACCAUUGUUGGACUCCAUUGAAUCCUUUAUUCAAAAUGAAAUUUAUCCCAACUUUUCUAUCAUUGUGAGUUACACCACUCUGUCCAAUUUGACAGAUACAAUGAACAACGUAUAUUUAUACGAAUUGAUGAAAAUUGCACAUAUGGAGUUGACAACAUUGAGAGUAGAUGAGAUUUACUCGCUAGUUUUGGGAUAUCCAAGUAGCGAAAUUGCACUCAAAGAGCUCUACACUUGUUUACUGAGAAAUAGAGUCGAGCGACAGGAUGUAACAAUGAACUCAACAGGGAUUUUUUCCUACAUGGGAGAUAUCUCAACUCAUGCACAAGCAGAAAAGAGAUCCAAAUUGGUCGACCAUUUUAUUCUAAGCUGUCAUGAGAACUUGCUUCAUGCAGGAGCAAAUACGAUUGAUGUUAUUACAUCAUACACGAAAACAAUCAAAUCGUUUUUAUUGAUUGAUCCCAGGGGCGUUCUUCUUGAUAAAGUGGUGAGACCUAUACGUCGAUAUUUAAAGACAAGGGACGAUGUGAUAGUGAAGUUGGUUCAUGGAAUGUUGGAUGUAUCAGAAUCAAACAAGUUGCGAGAUUUGGCAUUAGAGUUAAACUCCACUGAAAAGUAUAACGCAGCAACCCAAAUUAAAGAUGGCGUCGAGGAUUCUUUGGAUUUGAAUUGGGUACCUGACCCUAUUGACGCGUUGCCAGACUUUAAACGAGAAAGAAUCAGUGAUACUAUCGAGUCGUUAUUGUCGAUUUUUGAGUCAAAGGAAAUCUUUAUUGAGGAAUUUACCAAAUUAUUUGGCCAUCAGUUGAUUGCAUCAAAGAAUUUCAAUGUUUCUAGCAUUGAGUCAAAGUUGAACUUGCUCAAGUCUAGAUUUGGGAAGGACAACUUUACAACGUUGGAUAUCAUGCUACGAGAUUUUCACACCAGUAAGCAUUUGAACACAAAAGCUUCUCGUGAUGUGGCUAUCUUGUCGCAUCUAUAUUGGGAGAGUAUCCUUGACCAAAUUGAUGAGGAACGAAAAUCGUUCAAAUUGCCAGAACCGAUUGAGCUGGAGUUUGCUGAGUUCCAGAAAUACUAUAGUAAUCAUAAACAAGGCAGAAAAUUAAAACUUGUUCCUAGUUUGGGAAUGGUAAAACUAAGACUUGACGUGGGUGAGCAAGUGCGUGUUUUUGAAGUGAGCACUGAUAAAGCAGCUAUCAUUUCCAUGUUUAGUGGCAUCGAUCACGACCUCCACAUAGAGGAUAUAUCGAAAUCAUUGAAAAUGCCGUUAUCUAUGGUUAGAGAUGGCGUAUCAUUUUGGGUUGAAAAAGAGGUGAUUUGCGAGUUGAGCAAGAAAAGAUAUAUUGCUAUUGAUGCCAUGGAGUCAUCACGGGGUAGAUAUUCCAAGUCACAGUUUAGUGAUAUCGAAGUAAUUGAACCAUAUGUGAUGAGAAUGUUGCUGAAUAUAACGGCACUUAAUUAUGACAGAGUGAAAUCUUUGCUCAAAAUGAUGGUGCCUAAGGAUGAAAUUGAUGUUACCACUGUAGAGGAUGCCUUGUUGCAAUCUUACUUGGAUCAUUUGGUUUCGAGUGGAAGGAUCAACUUUACUGAAGGUAAUUACAGCUUGUUAAAGGGCGGUUAG